AUGCUGCUGCUUACAGAAAAUUGAAAAGAAUGAAGAUCUUUUGUCAGCAUAUGAAUUAGAAAAGCUAAAACUAUCCAAGCAGAAAUCUUCGACCAUAUGCGCAUGUCCCUUAAAUGCCGACCAACUCAAAGCAAUUGCAAACAAAUCUCACUUGGCCGAAAUGAUAUCAGAACUUGAGCAUAUCUCUGAGAUAACGGCCUCUUGGCUGGCCUCUUCUUCUGUAAGCAGCAGCAUUGUUCCACCACCUACGAAAUCUCAUCUGCUAGCCAAUGGUUGCCCUGUGAAUGUUCCUAAUCAAAACCCGCCUUCAACACCUCAAUUGGGAGGCAAAGAGGUCCUUGAGUUAUGGAUGGCCCUAUAUAGACUUGAUACUCUUCCUUCAGGAUUCCUUGCAAACGAAGAUCUAAUGAGCCUCCAAUCUGCAAAUUCCAUCAUACAAUCACUAAUGGGGGCCCCAGAUCAGCAAAAAAGCCUUGAAUCAAUCAUCUCCUGGAUGUCCCAAAGCUCUUCUGCUGAGGACACUGAAAGAAGCAAUCCAAGUGCGGAGGAUAAUCUUUUUAGCUUUGGUCCCUCAUACUCUCUUGUAAGAUACUGUAUUAAAAAGAUUCUAGCUUCGCCAGCAUCUUUACUUCAUCCGAAAAGCGAAAAGAAUCCCACAAAGAUAGAAGAAAAAAAUCUCAAGCCUAAGAAGACCGAAGAAAAAAACGUUCCACCGCCCUCAAUUGUCUCUACUCCGACGCCAGUGUCCGUUUGUGAAGAGAAUACCUUUGUACAAUGGAAUAUUCUUCCUUCUUUGGAUAGUGCAAUCAUUGAGACGAACAAUUCUUUUUUGAAAGAAGACACAAUGCCUAAAAAGCAACCCGCCUUUGUCUUAAAGAAGCUGCAAGCUACAACCUUGCCUGCUUCAGAAGAAGAACCGGCCCAUCGCCCGCGUCAUCAAAAAAAGCUCACUAGCGCUAAACAGUCAGCACCCAAGGCCUUUGAUAUAUCCAAAAAUCCCAAGUAA